UGAGGGGGCGUGGUUGUUUCCGUCACUUAGCUUCGUCCUGGGUUCCUUCGUUACGUGAGGCCGACUUGGAGGGAAGUGGACGUUGCCAAGAAGAAAAGAAAUAGGCGAAGGGAGCAGAAACAGAAAAAACCACCACUGAAAAGCUGCUUCAGGAGCAGUGAAGUGUCUUCAUGGCAGUUCGUCGAGGACACAUUAAGUAUAUGAAAACUGGGAUAUAAAGUGAAUCACACACAUGAAAGUUGAAAAGUUGUUUGGAGGUGUAUGACAUGUCGAACGGUUAUGAAGACCACAUGGGAGGGGAUGAGGGGAAGGAUGCCAAGACCAACCUGAUCGUGAACUACCUCCCUCAGAACAUGACGCAGGAUGAGCUGCGGAGCCUCUUCAGCAGCAUUGGGGAGGUGGAGUCUGCCAAGCUAAUAAGAGACAAAGUUGCAGGCCACAGUUUAGGGUACGGAUUUGUUAACUAUCUUAACCCUAGUGAUGCAGAAAGAGCUAUCAGUACACUGAAUGGACUAAGGCUACAGUCCAAAACUAUCAAGGUGUCAUAUGCACGGCCCAGCUCGGACACAAUAAAGGAUGCUAACCUGUACAUCAGCGGACUUCCCAAGAACAUGACCCAGAAGGACGUGGAGGACAUGUUCUCACGUUAUGGGCGUAUCAUAAAUUCCCGGGUACUUGUUGAUCAGGGUACAGGUACGCAAGGUUCAUCCCGUGGGGUGGCUUUUAUCCGCUUUGACAAGCGUGCAGAAGCAGAGGAGGCUGUCAAAAACCUAAAUGGUCAAAAGCCACCAGGAGCCUCGGAGCCAAUCACAGUAAAAUUUGCAGCCAACCCAAACCAGGUGAAGAACACACAGCUCCUCUCUCAGCUCUACCACAACCAAUCCCGACGCUUUGGAGGACCCUUACAUCACCAGGCACAGCGGUUUAGGUUUUCUCCCAUGGGUGUCGAUCACAUGGGCAGCAUGGGAGGCGUCAGUGUCCCUGGAAACUCCACCUCUGGCUGGUGCAUCUUUAUCUACAACCUAGGCCAGGACGCAGACGAGAGCAUCCUGUGGCAGAUGUUCGGUCCCUUUGGUGCCGUCACGAAUGUCAAGGUGAUCCGAGAUUUCAACACCAACAAGUGCAAAGGCUUUGGCUUCGUUACCAUGACAAACUACGAGGAGGCCGCCAUGGCCAUCGCCAGCCUGAAUGGCUACCGGCUUGGAGACAAGAUACUGCAAGUGUCCUUUAAGACAAGCAAGGGCCACAAGUAGAAUAAGCCGGACAAUCAGGUGUAGAAGAAAGCGGGAAGUAACCCAUGUCAGGCUUUUAUUGCAGAAAGCUUAAGUUUUCAAAGUUAGACACACCAGUUUCAGUUUCAUCAUAUUCAGAGUUAAGUGACAUGUUCACUCUUCUGCACCUUUGUAAUUGUCUAAAAAGUAUCUAGGGUUUUCUUUUUCUUUUUUUCCCCUCCAUUGUUGUAUUUGUUUGGGGUUCAAGGACACUCAAUUUUAAUUUGGAGUGGAUGGAGAGGCUAAAAUCCCAAAUUACCACCAACAUAAUUUUUUUUGUGAAACUUAACUCAAAAACUAAAAUCCUGUCUAUAUGUGUUGCAUGUAAAGCUGUGGGAACUGCAUAAAGGAGGCGAACCAAUGAUUCUCAGCAGUGCACUAAAAGCAAACAAAUCAGAACAUUGUAAAAGAUCCAAGUGUGAACUUUCAAUGAAUGAUUUAGUGUAAAGAUAGGGUUAAAGACUGCCCUCCCCCUUUUAAUGAGACGGAAGAGCAGUGCUCUGUCCUGGUUCCUCAUCACAAGUAGAAAUAGAUGCCUUAAACUAUCAUCCAGUGGACAUCCAGUAGACCUUUCAACUACUCACUACUUACAAGUCAGUCUAAGAGCAUAGCACUUUUAGCCAGCCAGCUAUAGGUUGCUCUGUAUAUCAGUCUUUUUGAUGGUAAUCUAUUACUUCUGUAUACCUUCCAGGCAGGUUUAAGAGUUCUUAAAAGAGACAGUGAGCCCUAGGAGGGAAAUGUUUGUUUUGUUAUCCGUAUGUAAAGUGUCUUUAAUUAUGAGUUGUUUGAUGCGAGUUGCAAAUGAACCCCAGUCAGUGAGUCAAAUUAAAAUGGACCAAAGGCAGGGAGAGAUACUGAUAACCUCGCAAGAGUUUUUCUAAGCAGAUGUUCAAGAUAAAUAUUUUGGAGCCCUACUGAUACUGGAUUCUCAUUGGCCAAUGUUUGGUUUUUUGUUCACCAUAAUCUGCAGAUACUUAAAACUUCUGUGAUUAAGCUGAGAUUUACAGGUAUCAGCUGAGCUCUACUUAUUAAUUUUUUUUCUUUUGUUCUUUUGUUGAGGUACUAAUUAUAUACACAUAAUACUGAUUCUUACUGAGAGCGACGCUACUAGCUGUUUGCUGAUCUGUUGGUUUUCGUUUUUUUUCUUUUACUUUUGAGUUAAUUUUUCUUUUUUCUUUUCUUUUCUUUUGAUCAUAUUUCUUUGUAGAUUCAUACAGUUUUGUUACCGUAUUAAGUUACAAACUUGUUUUAACGAGUGCUUAUCUCGAAUGGCCUUUGUUAUGGAUUUCAGUUUAGAUUUAAUUUUCUUUUCUUUUGUUUUGCUUGUUUCCCUUUGAACAUAAACCAUUAAAUUUUAUUUUGUUUUGCUGCAAGUUUUGUUUGGUUUGUUUGUUUUUUUUAAUUUACCCUUUUAGAUUUUUUUCAGUUUUGUUUUAUUUCUCUCUGUAGCAAAUUUAGAGCGCUCCUAACACUUUGCUCGUCAAGCAAAAGUUUCUUCACUGGAAGCUUUUACACUUUUGAGAUGUUAACAACUUAUGGACCAAUGUAGGUUGAGAGGAUUUGAUGCUACUUAAACAAAACAGAUAUUUUAAGGCAAGUAAGCAUCUGUUAGAUGUUUUCCACAAUCAUUUUUGAAACAUGACACAAGUUCAACUGCAAAAGAGCAGCAAACUGAAUCAGUCUGUUGGCACUGCUGAUAGUUUUGCUGCCUUUAGUUAAUCAGAUUUCAGUAUCAUCAGUAGACAUCUGGCUGUAUGAAGCUGCUUUUAAUACCUGGCUGUUAGUCUUGCAUUCACACUAAACUGUCCACUUGUCAGUGUAGGUAUCUAAUGAAACUAGUGAUUGUACACAAGCUAGUUUCCAUAUUUUAACUAGAAGUGUCAAAGAUUUAGGCUUUUAAAACCAAACGCACUGCUUUGAUCUUUAAUGGAGAUUACUUUUUACCACAUGGCUUUGUUCACCUAUUAGUAAAAGACUCACCCAGUUAGAAAAGAAUUAUGUCCAGCUUAGUGUAUGUUUCUUUAAAAAUGCCGUUAGCAUCAGUGCUGCAGUUGUUCUGAUUCAAGCUCAGCAGGAGAUGAAAAGGAUAACACUUGGAGAUGUAUUUCUAAGAAAAUACUUGGCUACAAAAUUUGUUCACUAUUUUUCGGAUUCAGUUUUAAUUUUUUUUUUCUUCCUUCCCAGCAAUAAUUCGGCUGACACUUGAGAAUAUAGUUAAAAUUGUCUGGCCCAUCAUAAAGGAGUGCUCACAUUGUGAGCUUCAGACUUUGGUCUUAUUGUGCAUCUUGAUUUAGUAUCUCCAUGUUAUUAUUGUGUCAGGAUCCUUAACUUUGUGCAAUAUUUCAUGACUUGCUCAGUGCAGGUAAUAGACAUUUGUUAUAGUCAUCGACUGUCUUUUGGGGGUUUUUUUUAUAUAUAUAUAUAAUUUUCUAUUGACGUUACUGUGUAGUUAUGUCGGCAGUCUAGUUCGAUUUGCAUGAAAGGUGCAAGUGAGUUUAAGGGGCAGUCAAAAUAAACUGCAUUCCGCCUUAAUCUAUAAGAGGAAAUAGUGUAUUUUACAUCAGAGGAGGCGCAUUUAUUUAUUUGACAGUGUUUGUGGUCAUACUUGAUACUUAUUGCAGUGUUUUUAAUGGAUUGUUUUGUUUUCUUGGUUUUGAACACUUUUGACACUAAGCUGAAGUCCGUUAAAUGUCUUCUAACAUUUCAAUAAAAACAUGGUGGCUUUUUAAAAAAAAUUGAAGAAAAAUUAAAUGUGUAUUUAGAAGCUUGUUGUGGAUUUAAUCAACGUGAUUCUCUUGAAAAAAUGAGUAGAUGUGCACUUGCACUUUUAUGUACAUGUUACUGAAGUUAGUGUUGCUGUGAUAGGACAGUAUUGUUGCACAUAUUCUUGGUAAUAUGGAGAUGUGAUUUAAUAGUAGACUUGACAUGUAGAUCGGAGUUGGAACCUUCUGCAACCAGAUGGUGGGGACAGUGAGCAGAGUCAAUCCUGAAGCUUAUUUUUUCUGCAGCUCUUUGUCUCAGUUUUCCUUCAACUUUAAAAUUAAGGCCAAAAAUGGGCUUUUCUGAAGUAGAAUAUGAAUAUACAAUUUCAGACGUCUUAUACAAUAUAUUUUAAAAAAAAAACAACAACCCCAAAACAAAACAAACAGCUUCUUCAAAAUUGCUUAGAAAGGAAAGAGAAAAUUGAAAACAGUCUGGCUAUUCUGUUUUGAGUGACUUUGGAAUGCUAAAAACUCUUUUAUUCAGAUACUUAAAUAGCUAAGUUGUAGCAAAUUUUGUCAUUUCAAGCAGCACCUCCUUUUUUCUUUGUCUGUUUUGAGACUUGCAUCCUUUUCAGAAGAACUCCCACUUCUUGUGAGUGAUGAUGUUUGAAAACUAGAAGUGAAAACUUCUUGGCAGUGAAAUAUGGUACAGGAUGACCAGCAUACAAGACCGUGCAUGGGCUCAUUCUGAACAACAAACAGCUAGAAGAAUGCCAGAAAUAGUGGUUUUAUUUUACCUUUUUACUCCCCAGGCCUUAGUUUGCUUUUGGUUUGGAUAGAUAUGGUCCGUUUUGAAUUAGAUUACCAAAACGUAAAGCAUUGUCCUUGUUUGUUUGUUAUUUAAAUAAUAAAAAUUAAACCAAAAUGCUGAAAUGGUGUGUGUGGAAAAUUUAAAGCACAUCCUUACUGCUUCCACAGGAACUAAGACAGUAAGCAGCUCUAUACAAAGUUUUGGCAAAUUGCUGGUCUUGGGGUAUUCAUGUUGCCAAAGAGGAAAGACCUCAGCAAUGAUCUCAUAAUGGUCUUAGAAGCAAUUGUUGCUGCCCGUCAAUGUGGGGAUGUGUGUCAAAAUACAACUGUUAACGUGUUUAGAGUGUGGGAUUAAUCCCUGACUCUUGUGUAAAACCUGUGAUUAUACUUUUUUAUUUUUAAGACCUAAGUUGUGCUCCCGAGCCACUAAUUUUUGCUGCCCUGUACCAGUAAGUUUUUUUUUUAAUUAAGUGACUGCAUCUUUGUACAUAAAUCAGUGCACUGUUGGAUCAUUCAAAGAACCUUCCAUUUCCAUUGGUGUAUUUCUUCCAAUGCAUGAUCAUGCUAAUUACCCCAGAGAGGGCUUGCAGUCACAAAACUAACAAUGGGUCUUUUUGUA